UUGAGAUCAGCUUUGAUAUAAGACUAGUGAUAUUCUGUGACCCUGAACAGACCACCCUUUUCAGUGUGCACCAGUCCCUCUUGUUUCCAAUGACAAUCCUUACAGCUGAACGUGCAAGUUCCUGUCUUGACUUGAGAGUCAUCGAUUUGACAACCUAUUAAAUGAAGCUCAGUUUACGUAUCCUGAGCUAUUAAAAUCCCAUGUAGCCCCUCCGUGUGAGUCCUCGGGAGAGUUUAGGUUGUAUUGUUGUCCACUUCCCUUUUUCAGAGGCUCAACUGUACCCAUAUAGUGGGCUAUGGGGGAGGCUACAAUUCAAUGUAAGUUUCCUGACAGCUUGAUAUAAAAUGAGUGCUUGCAACCCAUGUCAUAUUCUUAUUUAGUGAAACAUACUGUCAAAUAGUGAUAACAGGAAAUACAUGAUUCAGGGCAGAAUGCACCCUUUCCCUUCAGAGAGCCGCAACUCUCCUUUUCUCUCUUUCCAUCUGCACACCCCUCCCUUUCCAUUGGAGAGCCCUCCCUCUCACACUCGUGCACCUCUCCCUUUGUCAAGUAUCAAGUUUAAACAGGCAAACUUUGGAAGUCCCCACCCCUACCAAACACUCAUGCACGCAUGCACAUGCUUGUACAAUAUCAGUCAAGAUCUACAUGAAGGAGGACGGCAGCGUAACAACUUAAGAACUCUGGGAUGGACAUUCUUACACGGGUGCUUUCACUGAGGAUUUGAGGAGCAAGCACACACACUGAGCCAAACACACUUUCGCAGCAGGGGAUCAACAAUGUAAGGGUGCUUCCUGGCUGCUGACACUACGGACAGAGACUGUUCUAUGUGGGAGCCGUGAGGAGUGCUGAGAAGUGCCUCUCGCACUAUUUCUCCUCAGAGGGAGCGUCGAGGAACCAGCUCCAGCUUGUCAAAACCCUAUCAGCCUCUGGCUUCCUGAGGGGAAUCCCUCUCUCCAUAUCUCCCUCCAUCUGCCCUAUCCCUCUCUACAGUCCCCAGCAGCUGCUAUGGACCUGACUCUGUGGCAGUACCAGUUCAGGAUCAUCAUGUUAGGGGACUCGACAGUGGGCAAGUCGUCCCUGCUGAAGCGUUACACAGAGGAGAUGUUUCUGGACUGCAUCAACCAGACGGUAGGGGUGGACUUCUACGUGCACUUCCUGGAAGUGGAGCCUGGCGUUAGGGUCAAACUGCAGUUCUGGGACACAGCAGGCCAGGAGAGGUUCAGGUCAGUGACUCGGUCCUACUUCCGUAACUCAGUGGGGGGCCUGCUGGUGUUUGACCUGACUAACCGUGCCUCCUUUGAGCAUGUGCAGGAGUGGCACGCAGAGGUGUGUCAACAUGUGCAGCCCCACACGGUGCUGUUUGUACUUGUGGGCCACAAGAAUGACCGGGUGGCCCAGGGAGAGCGGGUGGUGGGCCAUAAUGAGGCUGAGAAACUGGCAGGCCAGCUGGGGAUGCCCUACAUCGAGGCGUCGGCUAAGACUGGUCAGUGUGUGACGGAGGCUUUUGAGCUGCUGACCCGCCGAGUGUACCAGGGCCUGCUGAGUGGGGAGGUGCAGCUACAAGAGGGCUGGGAUGGGGUGAAGUGCUUGGCUCCACGUGCAACCUUAGUACAGCUAAACAAUCCCAAAAUCAAUAUAUCCAACAACAGAAGGUGCUGUUCCUGAGUUGGGUCUUUGGACUUGUGCUGUAUUGUCAUGUAUGCCAUGUCACAAUGCCUCUCUUGAAAAACUGACUGCCAUCUUGGAUAAAAGAUCAUAAAAUAAUCUUGAUUUGAGACUCUUCACCGGAUGAGAUUAAGUUUUACAAGAUGGGCAUUACCUAUUGUGACAAUUUGUCAGAACAUGGAAAUAGACAUAACACAUGUAAAAUACUUGCAAGUGUGUGUACAGGGACUUUUCUGAAGGAGGUCAUUAGUUUGUCCUCCAGAAUCGAGAAACAAAUACAGUGGUAUUACAGUUAUGGAAAUCUAGUCAAAUCUCUUUACCCUGAAUAGUGAUAUACUGAUGUAAUCCAUUUAUGUUGAAAGUGAACUCCAAAAUACUCAUGUUCUUUCUCAUUUGUUGGAACCUUGACUUAACAGUGAAAUAAACACACAAAUCAAAUGCCAA